AGCCGCCGCGCGGCCGCGCCGCCCACCCCCCCGAUCCCGUCCCGGCCCGCCCGCCCGGCGGGCUGCCGCGCGGCCAGGCACCCCGCGGGCGGGGGCUGCCCGCAGAGGCGCGGGCCGUCGCCGGGGGCCGCCCGGGAGAGGCUCCGGCACCUCCGCGGCCCAAUGGCGGCGAGGCGGUUGGCCCUCCUCGCGGCCGCGCUGGCGGCGGCCGCUGGGGCCUCCGAGCCCGCAGCACUCCGCGCGGGCGCCGCAGUCCCAGUCGGCGCGGCCUCGCCCGAGCCAGAGGGCGCGGGCCCAGAGGAGGGCCCCAAGCAGCUGCCGGAGGGCUCCGAGCCCGAGGAGGGGGGGAGCAGCGCGGUGUGGCCCCCGUGGAUCGAGCCGGGGGCCUGCAACCUCGGGCAGCUCAUAUUCCUGACCGUGGUCUACGGCUACGUGCUCUACACGGCGUCGGGCAUGAUCUCCGAGGGCUCCGAGCUGUUGCUAGUGGUGCCGUCCAUUGCGGGGCUGGUGGGGAGCGUGGUGCUCCCCAUCCUGGGCGCGGUGCCCGACGGCAUGAUGGUGCUCUUCUCGGGCAUGGGGACGCAGGCGCAGGCCCAGGAGCAGGUGUCCGUGGGCAUGGGCGCCCUGGCCGGCAGCACGGUGAUGCUCCUGACCUUCCCGUGGUUUAUCGCGAUCUACGCCGGGUCAGUGCCCAUCAAGGACGGAAAGGCGGACUACAAGAGCAGAACCGCUGGCACCAAAGGGCUGAGCAGCAGCGGCGUCAAAGUCGACAGCAUGAUCAAACAGACCGCGAAGACUGAUGGGGUCUCGUCAUCAUCGUCUCCCCUUCUUCCUCAGAGGCGCAGGCCAUUCCGCUGAUCACCAGAAGGAUCAUGAUGGCCACCACCAUGCUCUACGUGAUCAUUCAGAUACCAGCCACGCUGGAGGAGCACUACGUGAGCAACAAGCACGCCGUGAAGCAGGCCGGCGCAGAGAGCGUGUGGGCCCUCAUUGGCUUGGUGAGCUCGGUGUGUGCUUUCGCGGGCUACAUCUUCUACUGCUAUCCAUAAGCAGUCGAAAGUCGACAAGGAGGUCGAGCAGAUCCACAAGAUGAUCAAGGA